GUUCGCUGAUUCGGCAAGAGCAACCUCACCUCCAUUCGUAGCUUGAUCGCCUGCUCAUGUUCGCUCGUGACUUUUAACAUGAGGCAAGCAACAGAGAUGAUGUUAAGGCUGUGUCAACGAGGUUACAAGGCUGGUUUACUGCGAUCGAGUCUGCUGCCCUCGGCUGGAUACAUAUUUUCAAAAGCGCCCUCUUCCAACUCUAUUCAUACCCACCUCCCUAUACAGAAUCGCAAAAUGAGCUCAGUGACCAAGGCAAAGUCCCUGGACCACUUGGUAUUGACCGUCAAGGAUCUCGACGCUACAGUCCAAUUCUAUGCCAGUGUUCUUGGAAUGCGGCAUACCUCCUUUACCUCGGCUGGAUCGGAUAGACAUGCCCUACAUUUUGGGAACCAGAAGAUCAACUUGCACGUAAGUGGACAUGAGUUCGAGCCCAAGGCGGCCAAGGUCCAUCCGGGAAGUGGGGAUUUGUGCUUCCUGGUCGAGGAUGGGGUCGAUAGUGUGCUUGAAAGGCUAAAGGCAGCGGGCAUCACGGUGCUCGAAGGCAACAAAGUCGUCAACAGAACUGGUGCCCAGGGCAAACUUCGCAGUGUCUACGUUCGAGACCCUGAUGGCAAUUUGAUCGAACUGUCCAAUUUGGUGCAAGAUGACUGAGUCAAUGAAUGGAUAACUUAAUCCUGGGAAAUCAUCAAGAUCACGAGAAGUAGCUACUGCCAAAAGGAAAGAGUGUAGAGAGCUACUACUACGAACUGUGGGUGCUUCCUAGGUUCUUGGGGAGACGAAGGAGAGUGCUCGGCCAAUCCACCACCAGACUGUUGGUUGGACAGCCCGCUUCUCCUGCAACUAUUUCGUCGAAGAUUCACUGUAAAGUCUGUGUCUCGGGGAAUUUUGUGGUCUCGGGGCGCUCGGUCAAUUAACGAUUUGCACUACAAUUUUUCCACGAAGAAAGAAAUCUGGUCAUCUCUAUUGGAAAAAAAACUUGGCUGGGUUGGCAAGCGGUUCCAAA